CACAGACAGAAUCAGUAUCAACUCCAUCCCGACUCAGAAGAACAAAAUGUGGGCUGUUUAGUACCUGCAUCCAGAUCUGCUGAUCUGGGUCAGAAGCCAGUCCUGGAUUCACUUGGUCCUUCCCAAUCCAGACACCUGAGGACGGGGCGUAGUCUUUGAAAUGAGUCUCUCUGGGGAGUGUGAGACCCAUGACAGACCUAUGGACCCUGAGAGUAAGAGGAUCCAGCUGGAGACAGCAGACACACCUGUACCCAGCCGUCUGUCGAUGAAGAGUGACGAUUCAAUGGAUCAUACAAUUAAUUUCAGAGGAGGAACUUCUCCAACUGAUCAAACAGUCCAGCUGGAGAGAGCAGACUCACCUGUACCCAGCUGUCUGUCUAUGGAGAGUGACCGGUCAAUGGAACCACCGCUCCAUUUCAGAGAAGGAGACUUUCCUACUGAUCAAAUAGUCCAGCAGGAGAGAUCAGAGUCAGAAAAGCCCAGCAGUCAGUCUGCCCAGAGUCACCAGAUGAAUUUGUCUUCCAUUUUCAAGUUGCUUGAAGACAUGCUUAUCAAGCUGGUGCAGGACAAAGUGAAAAAGCUCCAGGGUGAGGUAAGUCAGGAUUACCCAGAAUGCUUUGAGAGUCAGCUGGAGGAUCCUGACGUCCUGGAUGAAGUCUACAGGAUGCUGGAGGGCUGUGUCAGAGAGGGGGCUGUGAAGGUCAUAGUGCACAUCCUGAGGAACAUGAACCACAAGGAGGCUGCUGACACACUGGAGAAAGAUGAAGUCCAGAGGCAAUGUCAAGAGCAGCUCAAGUGCAGUCUGAAGAAGAGGUCUGAAUGUGUAUUUGAAGGGAUUGCUAAGCAAGGCAGUCCAAAAGAUCUCAAUAAGAUCUACACAGAGCUCUACAUCACAGAGGGUGGAAGUGGAUGGGUCAGUAAUGAACAUGAGGUGAGACAGAUUGAGAUGAUAUCCAACAAACCCAUCACACAAGAGACUGCAAUCAAAUGCAAUGACAUCUUUAAACCCUUACCUGGAAGAGAGAAACGCAUCAGAACUGUGCUGACAAAGGGGAUUGCUGGCAUUGGAAAAACAGUCUCUGUGCAGAAGUUCAUUCUUGACUGGGCAGAAGGAAAAGCCAAUCAGGAUGUUUAUUUUAUAUUUCCUCUACCUUUCCGGGAGCUGAAUCUGAUUGAGAUUAAAGAAUACAGUCUGAUGCAAAUGAUUCACCACUUCUUCCCAGAAGUCAAACAGCUUGGAUCCAUUGGGAGUGAUGGUAACAGAGUUGUAUUCAUCUUUGAUGGUCUGGAUGAGUGUCAACUUCCCUUAGAUUUCAAGAAGAAUGAGACGUGGUGUGAUGUCACAGAGUCAACAUCAGUGGAUGUGCUGCUGACAAACCUCAUUAAGGGGAAUCUGCUUCCCUCUGCUCUCCUCUGGAUCACCACCCGACCAGCAGCAGCCAAUCAGAUCCCUCCUGAGUGUGUCCACCAGGUGACAGAGGUACGAGGUUUUAAUGAUCCACAGAAGGAGGAGUAUUUCAACAAAAGAUUCCAUGAUCAGAACCUGGCCAUCAAAAUUAUCACACAAAUAAAAUCAUCAAGGAGCCUCUACAUCAUGUGUCACAUACCAGUCUUCUGUUGGAUUGCAGCCACUGUUCUUGAGCAAGUGAUGGGUGAGUCGGACAGUGGAGAAAUCCCUAAGACUCUGACUCAAAUGUACACACACUUCCUGCUCAUUCAGAUGAAUAUCAAGAAUCUAAAAUAUUCUGAACAAGAGACAGAGCAACAUAAGAUGAUGGAGGUCAGCAAAGAACUCAUUCUGAACCUAGGCAAGCUGGCUUUCCACCACCUAGAGAAGGGAAAUGUAAUAUUCUAUGAAAAAGACCUGAGAGAGUUUGAUAUUGAUAUCAGUGAAGCUUCUCUGUUCUCUGGACUAUGUACAAAAAUCUUCAAAGAGGAGUUUGGGCUGUAUCAGGGGAAAGUGUACUGCUUUGUGCAUCUGAGUGUUCAGGAGUAUCUUGCUGCUCUGUAUGUGUUUCUCUCGUACAGAAACAGCAGCACAAAUAUCCUUGACAAAUCUGAGUCCUACUGCACAAAACUAAUGAGUUUACUCAUAGAAACACCUGUAGCAAUUCUGCAGAAUAUUGCAGUAGAUCAGGCCUUGCAGAGUGAGAAUGGACACCUGGACCUUUUCCUCCGCUUCCUUCUUGGCCUCUCACUGGACUCCAAUCAGACUCUCUUACAAGGCCUACUGACACAGACAGGAAGCAGCUCAGAGAUCAUUGAAGAAACAGUCCAGUAUAUUAAAGAGAAGAUCAAGGAGAAUCUCUCCCCAGAGAGGACCGUCAACCUGUUCCACUGUCUGAAUGAACUGAAUGAACAUUCUCUAGUCGAGGAAAUCCAAAGUUACCUGAGCUCAGGAAGUCUUUCAAACAAAAGCCUCUCACCUGCACAGUGGUCAGCUCUGGUCUUUGUGCUGCUAACAUCAGAAGAGGAGCUGGAUGUGUUUGACUUGAAGAAAUACAUCAGAUCAGAUGAAGGUCUUCUGAGGCUGCUGCCAGUGGUCAAGGCCUCUAGAACAGCUCUGCUGAACAGCUGUAACCUCAGUAAGGAAUGCUGUGAAGCUCUGGCCUCAGCUAUCAGCUCAAACUCCUCCAGUCUGAGAGAGCUGGACCUGAGUGACAAUGAGCUGCAGGAUUCAGGAGUGGAGCUGCUCUCUGCUGGACUGGGGAAUCCACACUGUAAACUGGAGACACUGAGGCUGAACAGGUGUAACCUCAGUAAGCAGUGCUGUGAAGCGCUGGCCUCAGCUAUCAGCUCAAACUCCUCCAGUCUGAGAGAGCUGGACCUGAGUGACAAUGACCUGCAGGAUUCAGGAGUGGAGCUGAUCUCUGCUGGACUGGGGAAUCCACACUGUAAACUGGAGACACUGAGGCUGAACAGCUGUAACCUCAGUAAUGAAUGCUGUGAAGCGCUGGCCUCAGCUAUCAGUUCAAGCUCCUCCAGUCUGAGAGAGCUGGACCUGAGUGACAAUGAGCUGCAGGAUUCAGGAGUGGAGCUUCUCUCUGCUGGACUGAGGAAUCCACACUGUAAACUGGAGACACUGAGAAUGUCAGGCUGUCGAGUCACAGAGAGAGGCUGUGUUUCUCUGGCUUCAGCUCUGCGUUCAAACCCUUCAUACCUGAGAGAGCUGGAUCUGAGCUACAAUCACCCAGGAGACUCAGGACUGAGAGCGCUCUCUGCUGCACUGGAGGACCCCAACUGUAAAUUGGAAAAACUCAGUGUGGACCGUGUUGGAGAAAGCAGUAGCAAGCAAAGAUUGCUGAAACAUGCCUGCCAGCUCACACUGGAUCCCAACACAGCACACAGAAACCUGUCUCUGUCUGAGGAGAACAGGAAGGUGACAUUGGGGAGAGAGGAGCAUCCUUAUCCUGAUCAUCCAGAGAGAUUUGAUCACUGGCCCCAAGUGCUGUGCAGAGAGGGUCUGUCUGGGCGCUGUUACUGGGAGGCUGAGUGGAGUGGGAGACCUGUUUCUAUAGGAGCUGUAUAUAAAGGAGUCAGCAGGAAAGGAAAGAACAGUCACCUUGGACAUAAUGAUAAGUCCUGGUGUUUGUACAUUGACCAUAUGAAUUACACUGUCCAGCACAAUAAACACAAAACUCCCAUACUUUCUCCUGACUCCCCCUCCUGCAGAGUAGGAGUGUAUCUGGACUGGCCGGCCGGCACUCUGUCCUUCUACAGCGUCUCCUCUGACACACUGACCCUCCUGCACACAUUCCACACCACCUUCACUGAGCCCCUCUAUCCUGGGUUUUGGGUUGGGUGUGUCUCCUCCGUGUCCCUGUGCCAGCUGGACUAGACUUCUGUGUCCUGGUAGAUCACCUGUCUCCUAAAUAGUCACAUUCCUGAUCUGGCUGUACUGUAUUGAUGAUCCAUGUAAACCUGUGAGAAAACAUCCUAAAUAAUGUAAAUAAAACCUAAAUAUGUAUGUUUUACCACUUCUAAGACAACCAAGAUGCCAUUAUUCACUGGUGUUAC